AUGCAGGCACCAGUUGUAUUCUUAAAUACUUCCACACAGAGACAGUCUGGUAGAGAGGCACAAAUCCAAAACAUCACCGCGGCAAAGGCUGUUGCCGAUAUCAUCAGGUCAUGUCUAGGUCCAAAGGCAAUGUUGAAGAUGUUACUCGAUCCAAUGGGAGGUAUAGUACUAACCAACGAUGGUCAUGCGAUUCUAAGAGAAAUCGAUGUUGCGCAUCCUGCAGCAAAAUCUAUGAUUGAGCUAUCGAGGACACAAGAUGAAGAAGUUGGUGAUGGUACUACAUCCGUCAUUAUCUUAGCAGGUGAAAUAUUGGCCCAGACAUAUCCAUAUAUCGAGAAGAACAUCCAUCCGGUUGUCAUUAUUCAGGCCUUGAAGCAAGCGCUAUCCGAUGCUCUGGAAAUAAUUCACAAAAUAUCAAUUCCAAUUGAUUUAGACAAUGAUGAAAAAGUGAUCAAGUUAAUAUCUGCUUCAAUCGGUACUAAAUAUAUCUCCAAAUGGUCCGAAAAAAUGUGUAAAUUAUCCUUGAAGGCUGUUAGAAACGUUCUUGUUCAAGACGGAGAUUAUAAGGAAAUAGACAUAAAGAGGUACGUUAGAGUUGAAAAGAUCCCUGGUGGGGAAAUAGAAGACUCUAUGGUUUUAGAUGGUAUUUUGUUGAAUAAGGAUGUUGUUCAUCCUAAAAUGAAGAGACACAUAGAGAACCCAAGAAUCAUAUUACUUGACUGUCCAUUGGAAUAUAAGAAGGGCGAGUCUCAAACUAAUGUCGAAAUUACUAACGAAAAGGACUGGAAUAGAUUAUUGGAAAUCGAGGAAGAGCAAGUCAAGUUAAUGUGUGAAAAUAUCCUACAAUUCAAACCGGAUUUGGUUAUAACAGAAAAAGGUGUAAGUGAUUUGGCUCAACAUUAUCUAUUAAAAGGCGGUUGUACUGCUUUAAGAAGAGUCAAGAAGUCAGACAACAAUAGAAUUGCAAGAGCAACAGGCGCCACUAUUGUGAAUAGAGUCGAGGAUUUGAAAGAGUCUGAUGUUGGUAAUGAUUGUGGAUUAUUCGAGGUCAAGCUUAUUGGUGACGAAUAUUUUACUUUCCUUGUUCAAUGUAAAAACCCAAAAGCAUGUACUGUUCUAUUAAGAGGUCCAUCAAAGGAUAUUUUAAAUGAAAUUGAAAGGAAUUUGCAGGAUGCAAUGGCGGUCACCAGGAAUGUUUUCUUCGAACCUUCUUUAUCUCCAGGUGGUGGUGCAACUGAAAUGGCCGUCUCUGUUGGCUUGUCAGAGAAGUCAAAGAAAAUUGAAGGUGUUCAGCAAUGGCCAUAUCAAGCUGUUGCUGAUGCUUUUGAGGUUAUUCCUAGAACAUUAAUUCAAAAUUGUGGAGGCAACCCCAUCAGAGUGUUAUCCCAAUUGAGAGCUAAACACGCCAAUGGCGAAUUCACAUGGGGUAUUGAUGGUGAUGCUGGUAAGGUUGUUGAUAUGAAUCAGUACGGCAUUUGGGAACCAGAGGUUAUCAAGCAACAGAGUGCCAAGACUGCAAUUGAAAGUGCCUGUAUGCUUCUACGUGUAGAUGAUAUUGUCAGUGGAGUACGUCAGCAAAAUUAG